AUGUCGGACUCUCCAAAGGAGAUAGAAAUUGGUUACAAAUGUGUUCUUUGCCGUCAUCAAGGGAAAAAGUGCCAACAUGAUGAAGAAAUGUUGGGAAUAUAUAAAUGUAAAAAAUGCGAGAGACAAAAAAUAGAUUGUUUAGUUCAAUGUAAUGAGUGCUAUAAAAAAAAUAUUCCGUUUUCUAAAGAAUGCAGAAAUUGUAAAGUGGUUAUUGAAGUCCAACCUAUUAAAGGUAGUUUUGUUGGAGAAGAUGGCCGAAUAUAUUUUCAGACAAGUGAUGGCACUAUCAAGGUGGAAGUAGAACAAGAAGGGCUUGAAGAUCUUCUAAAAUUACUGCAGAAUAAAAAUAAUAUUCCGGAUAUUUAUUAUCCUAACGUAAACUUUUAUGGUCUUGAUUCAUCGUCUUUAUAUGAACUUCCUGUCGAGGAUUAUGACACCGACUCCUUUUCAUAUAAACCCCCUGGUGAGGAUUCCGUCUCAGCACAGCCCUUUUUCUAUGAAUUUUCUGACGGAAACUUUGUUUUCGUCACACCCUUCUUUUUCUAUGAAUUUUCUGAUGGAAACCUUGUUUACGUCACACCCUUCUUUUUCUAUGAAUUCUGA